AUGCUUCUACAACAGAACUGGGUUUCUCCUCACUGGGCAUGGCAGAGCCUGGCGAAGUCCUUCCUUUUGUUUGUUUUCUUAAUGUCACAAACAGCUGAUCUGGAAGCCAGGAGAGGUCAUCAGUUUGUCUGGAAAACAGGUCACUGGGGCCGGUGUGUAGGUGACUGUGGCUUGGAGGGCCUCCGGAGUCGGGCUGUCUGGUGCACCCACGCAGAGGGGUGGACAACGUACCACGCGAACUGUGACCAGAAGGACAAACCCGAAAGCCAGAAGAGGUGCUUUAAAGUCUGUGACUGGCACCUGGAGCUCUUUGACUGGGAGGUUUCGGGAUGGGAUCGGUGUGGGCUCGUCCCCUUCGCUGGCGGUGAGGUGGGAGCUGGGGCUUGUGUCACCGCGCAGCACGGGCUGCAGCGCCGGAGCGUCCGCUGCCUUCAGAAGCUGAACAGAACCGUUGUCACCAACGAAAUAUGUGAGUAUUUCACACCGCAGCCACCCACCGAGCAAGCCUGCCUGGUGCCCUGCCCGCGGGACUGCGUUGUGUCCGAGUUCUCCGGCUGGUCCGAGUGUGGCACGGGCUGCGGCGAACGCUUGCAGCACCGGACGCGGGCCGUCAUUGCUCCCCCUCUCUACGGGGGUGCCCCGUGCCCAAAUCUGACCGAAUCCAGAGCCUGCAUCGCUCCUGCCUGUCCUCGCGGGGAGGAGGAGCACACCUACAGCCUCCGAGUCGGGUCUUGGGGAGAGUGCCGACUGCCCCAUCCUAAAGACAUCGACCUGGUGGGGAGGACUAUGCCGGAUUUGGGUUCGGACUCUGCAGAACAAAGCACAUCUGGACUUCAAGGCUAUAAGCCCCACCACCGUCCCAGGGAGGUGGAGAUCGGUUACCAAACCAGGCAGGUCAGGUGUGUAAGGAGCGAUGGCAAAACCGCAGUGCUGAGCCAGUGUGUGCAAGAUCCUCUCCCUUUGACCUUCAAGUCCUGUGUCAUCGCUAGAGACUGCGAAACAUCUGAGUGGUCCUCGUGGAGCGCCUGCUCGCGGACCUGCGGCUGGAGAGAUCUCACCCCGGGCUUUCGGAGCCGGCGUCGCAGCGUGCGGAGCGUGGCAGUGGGUGCUGGAAAGCAAUGCCCGGAGCUGGAAGAGAGGGAAGCGUGUAGCGUGGGAGGAAAAGAGCUGCUGCAGCCUUGUCCCAGGUUUGCCUGGAGGACUUCUGAAUGGACACCUUGCCAAGUGUCUCUCCUCCUUGACCAGCAGGACCCUCAUCACCACAAGCACGUAGUCCUUUGUGGAGGAGGCGUACAAACCCGAGAGGUCUACUGUGCCCAAAUCACAGUAGAACCUGGGACACACCAACUGAAGGGAGUUACUAGACCAGUUGAUGGGAAGCUAUGCCUGGGUCCUGCUCCCUCUGCCUCCCAGCUGUGUCACCUGCCGUGCCCCUCUGAGUGCGCAGUGUCUGCCUGGUCGGCCUGGGGCCCCUGCCUUCCCGAGGACUGCCGGGACCACCACGGGAGAAGAGGCUUUAGAAUGAGACAAAGGCAAGUGAUCGUAGAUCCCGUAGGUGCCCUGGCAGAUUGUCCACAUUUAAUUGAAGCUAUUCCUUGUGAAGACCCGAUGUGUUAUGAGUGGAUUGUUUCAGAAGGAAUAUGUGUGACUCACCAUGGAAAAUGUGGACCUGGAAACCGCAUGCUGAAAGCUGUAUGCAAGAACAAGAAGGGUGAAGAAGUACCACAUCACCUCUGCUCAGAGCUUCCCCGUCCUGAUGUUGUGGCUUGUGAAAUCCCUUGUGCAAUGGACUGUGUCAUCAGCGAGUGGUCACUGUGGUCCCCGUGUUCCCAUUCAUGCUCCAGUAAAAAUACUGAAGGCAGUCAGAGCAGGAGUAGGUCCAUCUUGGCCCUUCCAGCCAAGGGUGGAAAAGCCUGUCCCCCUGACCGAGCCCUGCAGGAGCACCGUGCCUGUAAUGAUCACCCAUGUGUGCAUUUCUUCUGGGGAACUUCUCCCUGGAGCUCUUGCUCUGAAGACGUGCUGGUAACCGCGCUCAAUACGACCAUUAAUUGGAGUGGAGAAGCCACUUGUGGAGUGGGCAUACAGACAAGGAAGGUCUUCUGCAUGAAGAGCAGUUCUGGCCAGGUCACACCUAAAAGAUGUCCAGAGUCCAUCAAACCUGAGACCAUGCGGCCAUGUCUCCUCCUCUGCAAGAAAGACUGUGUCGUUACACCUUUCAGUGAGUGGACUCGCUGCCCAACAGCAUGUCAGCCUGGUAAUGCCACUGCAGUUAAGCAGUCGCGGUACAGGAUUAUCAUUCAGGAUGCUGCCAAUGGGGGACAGGCAUGCCCGGACACCUUGUAUGAGGAAAGAGAAUGUGAAGAUAUUCCCAUCUGUCCAGUGUACAGGUGGAAAACCCACCGCUGGAGUCACUGUGUGCUAGUGCCAGAUUUGGUGAGACAGGCUGUGCUGGGACACAGUGAGGCAUGUGGACACGGUUUGCAGUCAAGAG